AUGAAAGGCUGCGAAUCUUCUUCGAUGCGUAGAAGGAAAAACCUUCAACUACUCUUCAAUAACACGACAGUCAUACCGUUUAAAUGGAGAGGAAAAUAUCUAUGUUUCUAUUGUAGCAAAGACAUAUCUGAGUAUUCUGAGCUCAGAAAACAUACCAAGUCUCAUGGUAAUUGUUCUACGAAAGACCAUUCUUUAAAAGUUUUGAAGGGUGGACAGAAUAUGGAAAUAAAAAUCGAUAUUUCAGAAAUUACUUGUGAGAUAUGUAGCGAAGACUUUCCUGUUUUUGAUGAUGUUUUGUCACAUUUACUGGUCAAACAUAAGUUGGAGUUUGAUAGGGAAGUAGAUAUGGCUAUAGAAGAGUAUCGGCUGGUCGAUCUAAGUUGCCUUCUCUGCGAGGAAAAGUUCACCUAUUUCGGUUAUUUAGUGUCGCACGUAAAUAAUAACCACCCAAAGAAUUGUCUGAUUUGUGACAAAUGCGAUCAGAAAUUCAAUAAGAAGCGAGAUCUUUUCUCGCACAUCAAAAAUUAUCACAGAGAGGGUGGCUAUCAGUGUGACGUGUGCCCUCAAAGUUUUAGUUCUCUAAAUAUAUUAAGAAAACACAAAAUUAAUCGUCAUUUGACUAGAUGUAAUAUAUGCCACUUACGACUGCCUUCUGCGGUACUCAAACAAAAACAUAUGGAAAUAGAACAUCCCGAUGAUGGGUCUCUCCAAUGCGAUAUUUGUUAUAAAGAUUUUCAUACAAAACAAGGGCUAAAAAUGCAUACGCGUAAAUGUAAAAGCGAUUUGUUCGAUGUAUCGAUUAAAAACGAGGAAUUCGAAGUGAUGGACUUAGAUAGCAACUAUGAGAGUGUUAAACGACCAAGUGUCAAACAAAUUCGGGAAAAUAUCGUGAUCGUUAUAAAUAUGUCUACCGCGAUACCGUUUAAUUUUUACAAAAAUAAAUUUAACUGUUUCUACUGUUCCAAAGAUUUCCCAGACUCUGAUUCUAUGAGAGAGCACACUGUCAUAGAGCAUCCUGUAUGUGAUGUAAAAGAGAAGUGCAUCAGAAAGUGCCGAGAAUCGGUUGCAUGCGUAAAAAUCGAUAUUUCAUCGCUAGCUUGUAAAAUUUGCUUCGAAUCGAUGAACGAUCUCGAUAAUCUUUUAGACCAUCUCAUUAUAAAACACAACGCAAAUUACGAUAAAUCGAUUACAACGUGUCUACAACCCUACAAACUGAUAAAAGAUCAUAUGGCAUGUCCGAACUGUCCGAGCGAAGUAUUUCGCUUUUUUGGUACUCUAUUGAAACAUAUGAAUAAUAAACAUACCAAUAACAAUAUAAUCUGUGUCUACUGUGGUCAAACUUUUAGACGUGACCAGAAUCUACGUGUCCAUAUAUGGAGACACCACAGAGAUGGUAGGUUCAAAUGUAACAUUUGUGGAGCAGAGUGUAAUAUACCAUCGAGAUUGUAUAUGCACAUGGCGAAAGCUCAUGGUGUCAAAGCAGCGAAAUGUCCAAAAUGUCCAGAAAGUUUUGCCACACAGUAUUUAAGACAAAAACACCUGAUAGAGGCUCACGAUUCAGAUUGUAAAAUUCAAUCGGACGAAUGCUCUACUGGACUAUCGACGUUGCAGCGUCAAAACCUUCUAGCAUUAUUUACUUCCACAAGUAUCGUACCUUUUGAAUGUCGUGACGGUCUUUCGUGUUUCUUUUGUGCUAAAAUAGUUACGGAAUAUGAUGAUCUUAAAAAACAUACGAAAUCUCACGAAACAUCAAAUAUGAGACAUGUGUUAAAAGAUUAUAAACAUAAAAUAGUUAAAGUAGAUGUUUCCAAAAGCAAUUGUGAUAUAUGCGAUCUGCCAUUUGAAUAUAAUGAUCUUGUUGAUCAUUUAGUAGCUGUACAUGAUUUUGUUGAUAAUUACGAUGUUAUUAGAUGUUUUGAUUUAAUUGAUUUGAAAUGCUUGGAGUGCAGCGAAAUUUUUGCUGAUUUUUCUCUAUUGGUACGCCAUAUAGAGAAAAAACAUGGUAGUUUUAGCAAUUCGGUUAAAGCGAGCAAGUUUGAUAGAUUAGAUUUACGAUCAGAAUCAAAUGGUUUAAUGAAAAAUAGUUUUAAAUGUCCGAAAUGCGCCAAAAUACUAACUUCAAAAUUAGGUUUUAAAAUUCAUUUAACUAAGUGUGGUGUUAAAAAAGAACCGCGUUUAUUAAAAGAGAGAAACACUAAAACGUUAAAAAUAAGACAAAAUAUCGCGUCUAUUAUUAAUAUGUCGACAGCAAUACCUUUUAAGUUUUUCAAAAAUCGUUUCCGUUGCUUUCACUGUUCUAAAGAUUUUAUUGAUUUUGAUCCUUUAAAAGAUCACACUAUCAAUGAUCAUCCUAAUUUCAGUGAACAAUGUAAAGCGAUGAAAAUGAUUAAAGGCAGAGAUGUUAAUGUAAAAAUAGAUAUUUCUAAUCUCACAUGCAAACUUUGUUUUGCAAGUAUCAUUGAAUUGGGCGAUCUGGUAAAUCAUCUAAUUUCAAAUCAUGGGAUAAAUUAUGAUAAGUCUAUUGAUUGUGUACAGUCAUUUAGGAUAGUCAAAGACAAUAUCCCCUGUCCGAUAUGUCCACAAACAGUUUUUAGAUAUUUCAAAAAGCUUUUGGAACACAUGAAUGAGUUUCAUUCGGAUAAUAAUAUAGUUUGCGCUCAAUGCGGUCUAACUUUUCGUGGGCACCCUAACUAUAGAGCGCAUAUGUCACGUUAUCAUAGGACCAAAGCGUGUAAAUGUCCGGAUUGUAAUAUGGAGUUUUGGAAUUUGGAAAAACUAGCGCGUCAUAGAGCUAACAUACAUGGCACCAAAAAAUAUAAAUGCGCCCAAUGCGUAGAGAAAUUUAUUACCCAACAUUUGAUGCGCAAACAUCAAAUUCUUGUACAUGGCUUUGGACAUAAAUGUCCAUAUUGUGGCAAAAUGUUUACGCGUAAUUCUCACAUGAAAAAUCAUGUCAGACGUCUCCAUUUGAAGGAGAAAAACGUUGAAUGUGCGGUUUGUAGAGAGAAAUUCUUUGAUAGAGCACUUCUGAACGUUCAUAUGGUUAAGCAUGUAGAUGUAAUUGGGCCAUCAAAGACGCUUAGUCCUAAUACACUGAGGCGACGAAAUCUUCUUAUUUUGUUCAACAACACAUCAAUAAUACCUUUUAAAUGUCGGGGGAAAUGUAGGUGUUUUUAUUGUGGGGAAGAAUUAGCAGUUUAUGACGACUUACGAAAACAUACUAAGGCUCACGGUCCGUGUUCGGAAAACGAUCGUGCUAUUCGAUUAGUGAAAACUGAUGAUGCAGAAGUAAAAGUCGAUAUUACAAAUAUUACUUGCGAGAUUUGCCACGAGCCUUUUUCUAACUUUGACGAAAUUGUGUCUCAUUUGAUUGUAAAGCAUACGCUACCUUACGAGAGAGAUGUUAAACUUAUAAUUAUGCAGUACCGUCUCGUUGAUUUGCAAUGUCUUUUAUGUGAGCUAAAGUUUAAUCAAAUAAGCGAGUUAGUUACGCAUGUAAAUACUGAACACCCAGUACAAAGUCUGGAUUGCGAUAUUUGCCACCAAAAGUUUACUAGGAAACCGUAUCUGGACGCUCACAUGAGGAUCAAACAUAAAGAAGACUACAAAUGCUUAAAAUGUCCUCAAACUUUCUCAUCUUAUUCAACUCUUCAAGAACACAAAAUUAAAUCUCACAUCGCAGUUUGUAAUAUUUGUUUCACGAAAUUUUCUAGUCAAAAGAAAAGAUUGAAACAUAUGAAACUAGAGCAUGCCAAUGAAGAGUUAAAAUGUGGAUUUUGUCUCAAAUCUAUGAGUACUAAAUUAGGGUUUUUGAGGCACGCUGCUAAAUGUACGGAAUACGGGGUAAAAGGGAACGAAUCUCUUGUAAUCGAUGACGAUGAUGACAAAAAACCAGCUGUUAUCCAAAUUAGAAAUAAUAUUGCUUGCGUUCUUAAUAUGUCAACAGCUAUACCGUUUAAAUAUUUCAUGAGUAGAUUUAGAUGCUUCUAUUGUCCAAAAGAUUUUACUGAUUGUGAAGAACUAAAAGAGCAUACAGUUAUUGAACAUCCUGUAUGUGAUAUUAAUUUAAAAUGCAUGCGACUGCGAAAUAGGCAAGAGGGUUGCGUUAAAAUCGAUAUGUCAACACUUUCAUGUAAAUUGUGUUAUGAAUCUAUGUCAGAUUUAGAUUCUUUAAUAGAUCACUUGAUAUCUGAACACAAAGUAUUUUACGAUAAGUCCAUAGAUAGUAAUAUGCAGCCAUACAAGUUAAUCAAAGAUAAUUACCCGUGUCCUAUUUGUGAGGACGUCUAUACUCAUUUUAGUACAUUAUUAAAGCAUAUGGGUCAAAUACAUACUGAUAAUAAAAAUAUAUGUAUGCACUGUGGUAAAUCGUUCCGAAAUUUACCAAAUUUGAGAGUACAUAUUUCGAAUCAUCACAAAACAACGGGCACUUAUAAGUGUGAUCGAUGUGAUCAAGAGUUCUCAUCUAAUAAAUACUUGCAAACACAUUUAGGACGCUCCCAUGCCCUCAAAGUUUUCGAAUGUCCGGAAUGCAAAGAAAAAUUUACAUCUAACUACACGAUGCAAAGGCAUAUGAUUAAUUUGCACAGUUCGGGUCAUAAGUGCAUGUACUGCGAUUUAAACGCCCUGUCCAAGAAAAAUAGUGCCAAUAAGCUCAGAAGGUUCAAUCUGCAAAUUUUAUUUAACAAUACCUCCAUCAUGCCUUUUAAAUGGCGCGGCAAAUACGUGUGCUUUUAUUGCGGUGAAGAACCAAAAACCUAUGAUGAGUUAAAGGCACAUACAAAAGAACAUGGAGAAUGUUCAGAUAAAGAUAGAGCUUUACGAUUGAUAAGAGCAGCUGAUGUCGAAGUCAAAAUCGACAUAUCUACUAUUAUAUGUAAUCUGUGUAAAAUAUCGUUUGCAGAUUUGGAAGCAAUUGUUUCUCACUUAAUAGUCACACAUAAUUUACAAUAUAAUAGAGAUGUAAAGUUAUCGAUAGUGGCAUACCGGUUAUCGGAUUUAAAAUGUAUUUCUUGUGAUGAGAAAUUUACGUAUUUAAGCAAAUUAAUAAGUCAUGUUAAUACCGUACAUCCCAAUCAGAGUUUGCUUUGCUUAAAAUGUGGACAAAAGUUUAACAAAAAACGUGACUUAGACGCGCAUAAUCGUACUAAGCAUAGAAGCCAGUACACUUGUAUGAAAUGUUCUCGAAAAUUCUCAACUAGUUCAGAUCUCUUAAGCCAUAAGAGAAACUCACAUUCAUCGAAAUGUAAUAUCUGUUUGAAAAGUUUUCUAUCAUUCCGAAAAUGUGUAGAGCACAUUAAAAACGAUCAUUCUGCCAGAACAUAUAAAUGUGGGUUCUGCUUGGAUUCAGCCACUACGAAAAAGACUUUUAUUAGACAUGUUACAGAAUGUACGGAAAAUAUUAUGACCGUAGACAAUAGACAAAAUAUAAAUAAAAAGCCUUCUGUGACCCAAAUUAGAAAUAAUAUAGCGUGCAUCUUCAACAUGUCUACAGCUAUGCCCUUCAAAUAUUUUAUGAGUAGAUUUAGAUGCUUCUACUGCCCUAAAGACUUCAGUGAAUGCGAUGACCUUAAACAGCAUACAGUAAUUGAGCAUCCUCUAUGUGAUACAAAAUUAAAAUCUAUGAAAUUACGCCACAGACAAGACGGUCUUAUCAAAGUGGACACAUCAUCGUUAUCUUGUAAAAUAUGCUUUAAGAAUUUACAAGAUUUAGAUGGUUUGAUAGAACAUUUGAAUUGCGAACAUAAAAUACACUACGAUAGAUCCGCUUCUGCUAAUUUACAACCCUACAAAUUAAUAAAGGAUAAUUUCCCAUGUCCCUUUUGCGUGGAAAUAUUUAGAUAUUUCCGAACGUUACUAAAUCACGUGGCUAAGAGUCAUUCGGAUAAUAAAUAUAUAUGUGUACAUUGUGGGUUGGCGUUUCGGAACUCGCCAAAUUUACGUACACAUAUUGCCCGGCGUCACAAGGCGGCCAGUUUUAAAUGUUCCGAAUGUGAUUUGCGAUUUUUUACUAAUAACUAUUUACAAAACCAUUUAGGUCGAGUGCACGGCACUAAAAUCGUCGAGUGUCUUGAAUGUAAAGAGAAAUUUAAGUCUGCAUACGAAAUGCAGAGGCAUAAGAUUGAUGUUCACAGUUCUGGACACGAAUGUUCUUAUUGCCACAAGCUAUUUACUGGGAAAUCGUCCGUUUCCAAUCAUAUUCGACGAACUCAUUUAAAAGAGAAAAAUGUCGAAUGCACUGCUUGUCAUGAGAAGUUUUUUGAUUCACAAAGCCUGAAAGUGCAUAUGGUCAAACAUUAUGAUGAAGUCCCGAACGACCUCUGCACCUCUGAGCGCAGACGAAAAAACUUGCAAAUACUGUUCAACAACACAUCAAUAAUACCUUUCAAAUGGCGGGGAAGAUAUAUUUGUUUUUAUUGCGGCCAAAAUUACACAGAGUACAAAAGUUUCAGAAAACAUACGAAGUCUCAUGGACUAUGUAGUACAACAGACUACGCCCUGAAACUUAUAAAAGGAAAUCAUAUAGAGAUAAAAAUAGAUAUUUCAGAAAUAAUAUGUGAAAUUUGUUACGAGCCAUUAACAACUUUCACAGAAAUAGUAGAUCAUUUGUGUAAUAAACAUGAUUUGGAAUAUGACAAAAGUAUCGAUAUUCCCAUCCAAGAGUAUCAGUUGUCAGAUUGCCGAUGUCGAUUAUGUGGUGAAGAGUUUACGUAUUUCGGAUACUUAAUAACUCACACCAAUAUCGCUCAUCCGCAAAAUACUUUUAUUUGCGAUAAUUGCGGCGAAAAGUUUAAUAAAAAAAGAGAUUUAGCGAUUCAUAUAAGACGUUAUCACCAAGAUGGUGGCUACCCUUGCGAUGAAUGCUCAGAAGUGUUCGAAUCUUACGCGCUUUUAAGUAAACAUAAAAACAAUUUUCAUUUCCGUAGAUGCAAAAUAUGCGAUUCUCGUUUUCCUUCUUACACUCUUCUAAAAAGACAUGUGCAAUGUGAUCAUUCAGAUGAUAACUGCCCGUAUUGCUCGAAAAAAUGUCAAACUUCACAAGGUCUUAAACAACAUAUCACGAAAUGUAAUAAAAAAACUCGCAUCAAAAUUAAACAACCGUUUCCCGAAGAAACGAUGCAACCGAGUAAAAAGAAAAAUGUAAAUCAAAUUAGGAAAAAUAUAUUAUGUGUUCUGAAUAUGUCAACGGCGGUGCCAUUUAAAUUUUUCACUAAAUAUUCGUGUUUUUACUGCUCUAAAAGUUACGUUGAGUUUGAUGAGCUCAAAGAGCAUGUCGUUGCUGCCCAUCCCGCUUGCGACAUAAAAGAAAAAUGCAUAAAAAAUUGUAAAGGGGAAAGGAUUACAGUCAAAAUAGAUAUAUCGUCUCUAGCGUGUAGGGUCUGUUAUGAGCCUUUAGAAAGUAUAGACAGUCUUAUAGAUCAUCUCAUAACAAAACAUAAAGCGGAAUAUGACAAAUCUACAACAGGUUGCUUCGAAUCGUUCAAAAUCGUCAAAGACAAUAUUCCUUGCCCAAUUUGCUCGACGGUUUUUAGAUACUUUGGUUCUCUUUUAAGACAUAUAAAUUCUGAACACAGUAAUAAUAAUAAAAUAUGCGAUUUUUGCGGGCGUAGUUUCAAAAACGUUGCUAAUUUAAAAGUUCACAUAACAUACGCUCAUACGGGUUCUUGCGAGUGCGAUAUUUGUGGAUCGAAAUACAAAAAUCCAUGGUGUUUAGGACGGCAUAAAGCGAAAUCUCAUAACGCAAAAGAGUUUCAAUGCACAAAAUGUCCGGAGCGAUUUCAAUCUCAAUACCAUAAACAAAAACAUCUAAUCAAAGUACACGAUAUAGGUCAUAAAUGUUCGCAUUGUGGCAAAAUGUUCACCAGAAAUUCGUUUAUGAAAGACCAUGUGCGUAGGACUCAUUUGAAGGAGAAAAAUGUACCGUGUACAGUUUGCAAUGAGAAAUUCUUUGAUAAUUAUUUAUUAAGGUUACAUAUGGUGAAACAUAAGGGUGAGAGGAAGUUUAGUUGCGAAGUUUGUGGUAAAGCAUUCCUAAGACGCAGCAAUUUGAGUGCACAUACAGACAUGCACAAAAAGUAUGGUCAUGUG